AUGCCUUCUCCAACCGGCCACCUGAAGUCUGCCUUCAGUCCCUACACCGACUCGCCCAGCUCGCCAGCCCCAUUCGCCCACGUCUUCUCAAAUAGGUGCGGGACCCCCAUGCUGCGACGCUGUUCAGAGUCGAACGCGAGUGCUAAUGGAGUCGCCAAGAUCUUCCAACACAUUGAGGACGAUGCGCAAGAGAACCACGUGAGCGACGACAGCAUGAGCGACGUGCGGUCGCCGGGCACCGACGACAUCGUGAGCCCGGCGAGCCAGAGCAGCCGCCCCGAGAUGCCCACGCGACUCGACACGACGCUCCCAGUGCGGACGCGCGCAGACUCGGACGAUGCGCCCCAGUCCGUCAUUCACGCGCCUGCCCAUUUCAAACAAUUUGAACGUGUGAGCAUGUCCGGCGCGUCCUCGAGUGCAAACAACUCGGACAACACUGCCGUCGUGUCCCCCUCAACACCAGAGGCCAACAUGAUUCCUGAUCUCGACGACAAGGUUCGUCAUGCCCACCGUGCGCUAGCUGAAGCUAUAGAGGCUGAACAUGCACAGCACAAUUAUGCCCACACCGCUCCCAUCGACACCAGCGUCCCCGCCGGCCCUCCUGACCGUAGCACACCACGUGCACAAACACGCCAAGAGUUUGAAGAAGACAACAGGCGGCGAAGUGUGCGGAGGAGCGUGAGUCUUGCUGUCGAAGAUAUCGCCGAGAACGACGACAAUGCAGCUGCGGAAUCGUCGGCAAGCUCCGCCAUUGACCAGGAUGAAACCAUGUCAUUGCAGUCUCACGAUGAAUCUGCAGGAGCCCAAACAAUGGGCGAGGCUCUGCACGGCAUCAACGAGACGGAGAGGGAGAUCGCUGCGUUGCACAGCGCAUUGGACGAGUGCUGGAUCCUCUGCAACUCCCUCGCAAAAUUGAGCCAGCACCACAGGACCCGCAUGUUUCACUACUCUGGCGGAAGUGCUGACGUACAGGAACACGCUUGGAGGACGUGCUGGAAGCUGUGUCAGAAACUCUACGAGAGCCGAGCCGAGCAUCCUUCGGCACAGAUCAAACCAACCCUCGAGUUAUGCCGGGACUUUUGUCAGGCAUUGUUUGACGUGCGGCAACGGGGGGACGAAGCAUCCGACUCGGUAUUGAGGGUCAGCUUCGAACUGAACAAUCACCUUUACAAUGCACAUGACCGUACGCUGCCAGAGACGUUCCGAGAACGCACUUUGGACUUUUACCUGACGUUAUGCCACCGUCUGAUGAAGCAACGGACAUCACUGCCAGAAGAGACGGAUUCACUACUGCACGCCUGCUGGUCGCUAGCCGAGAUGCUUUUCAGUCUUCGACAGAACAGUCGCGAUGGAAAGCCCGCGGACGAGGAGUUGCUAGGGUCAGCCAUACAAGCAUGUUGGGAGCUGUGUGACCUCUUCCGCGAAGGUUGGUCACUUAAGUGGCGACCAGACCGGGGCACUCCACGACCCUCGCAAUACGCCUUCUCGAGUGGACGUUCGUCUGCGUCACGUUCCAACAUCGCUUACUCAGAGCGAUCGGAGCGAUCGUCUAGCGUGAACGAUUCCUACCACUCCGCGAUAGCCUCGAGGAUGCAGACACCUAUGCAGCCAGAGACGCCUACUACCAUCUUCGACGAUCGGGAAGACUUCUCACCCGCAGAACAAGAGCCCAAUGUCCCGAACAUUCUCGUCUUGGGUCCUGAAGCUGGCAUGACGCGCACUCAUGAUCGCUGGUCUUCCUCAUCCUCCAACCUCUCCACCUACUCCGAUGCUUCUAUUCACACAUCUUCCACAGCCACCGCUAGCCGCGAAGACCACAACCUAAUCCGACUGAAAGGCCUCAUCAUCAAAGCAGCCAUGCAAACAGGUUACAGUCGGCAAAUCCCAUUACCGGAUUUCCUGCGCGCCCUCCCCUCCAACAGCUUCGGAACAAUCCCUUGGCAGAGUCAGCUUUUCGACAACUACAGGAAGCUAGUUCUUACAGACCCGACGCUAAGGACCGUUCACAACCAACCACCCCGCAGGCUGACGGCUCUUGAAAUCGGCCGAUCGGUGCAAUGGCUCGCGCGCAGUGAGCAGUUCAAGUGGCUGCGUGAACUGUACCGCUUUGUCUUUGGCAACUACCCCGAAGACACUAGUCAGCGCAACCUCAUUAUUAAUGCCUAG